CUCCACUGCCGCCGCCGCUACCUCCACUGCCGCCGCCGCUACCUCCACUGCCGCCGCCGCUACCUCCACUGCCGCCGCCGCUACCUCCACUGCCGCCGCUGACGUCAUCACUGCCGCCGCCGCUACCUCCACUGCCGCCGCCGCUACCUCCACUGCCGCCGCUGACGUCAUCACUGCCGCCGCAUCUCGUGCUUCCGAGCUGCGUGCUUACGUGGCAAGUCGCGAGGCAGACGUGCGGUCUACCGCGGACCGAGAGCUGCAACGAGCACAGGAGCGGCGAGAUCGGGUGAAAUCCACAAUUGAGCGGUUGGAAAAGGAGCUGACGGAGGCGUACGAUACUGCUGUACGACAAGGAAUGCCGGCGGGUUUGGUUUCGGAGCCAAAAGGCUGGUUGGAGGCGUUGUACGGCAGGUUGGAAGCGGCUCGGCAGCUGGAAGCGAAGCAGCGGGAGGAGCAGCAGGCCGCUGCUGACGCCGGCGCCACGCUCGCGCUGAUGGGUCGCGAGGUGACGGGGCUGCUUGCUGAGGAGGAGGCGGCGGUCAAUAAGCAGCGAGUGGGGUUGGAGGCGGUGACGGGCUCCAUGCUGGUAGCGGCGGCGGUGGGGCGUGUGCGGGCGGCGGAUCGGGGGCUGCGCAUGCAGGGGCCGCACGGACAGGGACUUGGAGAUGCCUCUGGCGCUGCGGCAGGCCUGCAGGCGUGGCGGGAGGUGCUCGUUGGCGGAGUCCACGUGCAUGUGCCACCCGAGGGCGUCACGCAAGUGUCCCAAGACCCACGGGUCGCUUGCCGCGCCGCGUGGGCCCUAUCCUACCCGCCCUCGCUGGGGCUGCUGCGCCGAGCGGUGGCGGUGUGCGAGGCGCCGGGGCCAGUGGAGGGCGCGGCGCGGGGGGUGCUGCAUGGCUGCGACCAGAUGACAGUGCUGCUGUGCGAGCGGCACCUGCGGCAACCGCUGCGCUGGCUGGAGUCACGACUACAGGAGCAGCGCAAGACUGCGGAGAACCACGGUACCAGCAGCCUCAAGGACCUGGGUCUCCCCGUGCUGCUGCCCGCCCUGGAGGCGGUGCGGGGCCGAACGGAGCUGCUGCGAGCAUGGAGGGAGAUGCACCGGGCGGACC